AUGGGGGAGGGUGUGUGGACAGAGCCUGUGAUCAACGCUGAGAGGUUUCACUUGAAGGUAUCAGAGGGCCCAGUCCCAGACAGCCAGAGCAGGCCAGAGACAAGAGACCAGAGGAGACAGAGGAAACCAGAAGCAAGGGGAACACAGAGGCCCUGGGAGCAGAGGAAGCUGCAGCCAAGGCACCAGGACCUGGACAUAGUGGAGGCAGGAGGGCGCAGCUUGGCUGGGAUGCUGGAGUGCCAGCUCUGCGUGGCCAUCGGCAAAGCGCUGUUUGCCGAGUUCCUGGCCACGGGGCUGUAUGUGUUCUUUGGUGUGGGUUCGGCUCUGCACUGGCCUUCGGCGCUUCCCUCUGUGCUACAGGUCGCCAUUACCUUCAACCUGGCCACAGCCACGGCUGUGCAGGUCACCUGGAAGACCAGCGGGGCUCAUGUCAACCCCGCCAUGACACUGGCCUUCUUCGUGGGCUCCCAAAUCUCACUGCCCUGUGCUGUGGCCUAUGUGGCUGCCCAGCUGGCAGGGGCCAUUGUGGGGGCUGCGGCGGUGGAGCUGGUUCUGACCCUGCAGCUGGUGCUCUGUGUCUUUGCUUCCACGGACAGCCGUCAGGCAUCAGGCUCCCCAGCCGCCAUGAUUGGGAUCUCUGUGGCAUUGGGCAACAUUCCCCAGAUCUGCUUCACUGGCUGUUCCAUGAAUCCGGCCCACUCCUUCGGUCCUGCCAUCAUCAUUGGGAAGUUUACAGUCCACUGGAUCUUCUGGGUGGGACCCCUGACAGCGGCUGUCCUGGCUUCGCUGAUCUACAACUUUAUCCUGUUUCCUGACACCAAGACCCUGAGCCAGCAACUGGCCAUCCUCAUGGGCACUACAGAGAUGGAGAAAUUGGUAGGGGUGGAGCCCCAGAAGGAAUCCCAGUCCAGCUCAGGGAACACCGAAAUGGAGAGUGUUAUGUCAGAUGGCAUAGAACUUGGCCCCUCCCCUCGGGCUUCUGAGAUGAGCUGUGUAGGUGGGCAGCGUAUCUUCAGGUUUUCUAGGGUGGUGGGAAGGGGGCUUUCAAGUGUGGGUAGCGGGGCGUGGCCUCUUGUCCUAACAUCUUGGGCAAGGGAUGCUAAUCCCUCUCCCUGGCAUUACAUUUCUAGAUAGAAUCUGGGGAGGAAAUUGUUCAGUUUCCUCCCCCUCCAUCUCUUAAUGGGACAGGGCAGAGGGAGGCAGGGGAAUGCAUGAUUGCCUUCCACUUCUCUCAUCCAUCUGGACUGCGGAUCCUCAUGUCUUGAAAAAAGAAAUUAUAGCCCAGAAAGCCACUCUGCUUAUAGGCUGAGGGCUAAAGGGACCUUAGAGAACCCCAACUUCUUACCCCAGCUGUGGGGAGGAGAGGCCAGACUUCUCAGAAGACUCAGCUCCUCAGAGGGAUGUCUCUGCUCGAGUGUGGUUUGGGGGGAGGGGGGCACCUAUGGCUCCUCAGACUGAGGGCUUCCUGAGGACAGAGAUUACCCUCUCAUCGAUCUUCCUUCCUCAUUCCUCAUUCCUCCAAAUGCCCAGGAGAGGACCCCACCCUUGGGAAGAGCUGACACAGAGAGGAAGUUUUCUCAGGCUAGCAAGGGAGGUUUGGGCCAGACAGGCCUUUUCCAGGGCAAGCCCUUCCUGGGUGUUUGCCUGCCUUCCACCUCACAGCCCCAUUCACAGAAACAAUCCUGAGGAGACAGCCCCAGCCCGGCCCUCGGCCCCUGACCUGGGCCGGAAGAAGCAAACUCCGGCUUCAAUCUCAGCUCUGCCAGGAUCCCCCAAAAGCUGUUGAAUAAGUAAGUCCCAAGGAUGCUAGGAACUCAGGAAUGACCCAGGAAACCAUGGUUUUCUGUUCAGUGCUUCUGAAGGACUACUGGAGUCUCUAUUGGUUUGUUAAUAUUCACAAGUUGCUGUAAACUGACUCUGCCCAUGACUUGGGGUUCUAUCUAGAUCUUGGCUUUCCCAGCCAUCAAAUGGGCACAAGCUUCCCCCAGGCACUGCUGUGAAAAUAAACAAGAGAUUGGAAAAUGUUUGGGUAAGUUAAAAUGUUAGAAAAACAAAGCCAAUAAAUGAUGAUUAUUGUUGCUAUUAUUCUAAUUAUUGGGUUUGAAUACAAUUGCUGAUGAGAAGAAGAGGAGAUGAUUGAGAGGGAGGGGGAGAGGUUUCUCUCAGUUCAUCUGCUCCACUUACGGGGUACCCUGCCUUCUUCCUGGGUCUAGUGACCUGGGAACUUUGUGUGUGUGUAGAUGGUGGGGGUUGGGGGAGGGGUCCUGGAAUGAAUAGACAAGCCAAUAAGUCAGUUCUUCUCAUCUCUAUGGUGCCCAUCACCAUGGUACCUCGAGAUGCAGCAACCAAAUCCAUAAAAAAGAUAGAUCCUUUUCCAUGGUGUCUCCAAAGGGGCUGUGGAUGGGGGAGGGGCUACCAAAGUCUUCCAAGGACAGAGUGACAGGGCCCAGCCUGUGACCAGUGCAGCAACCAAGUCCCCGGUGCUCUUGGCCAUAGCAGCUGUGCUCAGCAUUCUGGAAUACUGUCGGUGCAGAAUACUAUUCAUAUUUCUCCAAGCUGGGUUGUACUCAUCUAUCUUCACAAUCUCUCAGAGCCCAGGGCUUCUUGUGCCCUUUUAUGAGCAGGGACAGCUGGGCAUGUGUGCGUGUGUGUAGGAUGUGACUGAUUUGUUAAAGGUCAUCCAGCUCAGUACCACAGCCCCCUAAGGUCUCCCCAGCUCCUAGCUUAGAAUUUUCCAAAAUAGUGCUCCAGGGGGACUUAUAUAAGCUGCAGCCAAAGAAAGGGAAGAAGCAGGAACUAGAAGGUUGAAGAGAGCAGGGGGUGGAGCUCCUGUAGUAGGCCCUUAAGCUCCUAGACAAAUCAUCUCCCCAAGUCCCCAGAGACGAGCCCACACUGGGUGCUUAAUAAAAGUUAGACGAAUGAAUGAUUGAGGCUGGGCGGCUGGGAGGGAGGGGAGGCAAUAAUUUAUCAAGAGAAUUCAGGACUUACAGCUCCAAUUGAGCCAAGAUGACAGCAGCCCAGGAGCCUGCGCUUGCAGUAGGGGUAGCUGGGCAGAGGGCACACGGCCGUACAUGAGUCCUCACUCCUACUCCAGAGCCGACUGUGUAACCUCUAUCCCAGAAACUUCAGGCCAAAAGGGUAAGGGUGACUGUCUGAAGAGAAAGCUGGGGGCUACUUUCACAAAUAGUUCUUUGAAGCUGUGCAGUUGGAAUAGACUAAAUAAGAGAAGACAAGCUUCAUGAGAAGUGAGGAAUUAGGUUAGAGUCUGAAGAGCAUUCAAAGUUAGACAGGAACGAGUAACCAAAGGUGAACUUCUCCUCUGCAGCCCUUUAAUAGGACAGCCGGCCAUCUGUUUGGAUGAGGGAAGGGCUGGCCUUCUGGGAGCCAGAUCUCGAUGAUUCCAGCCAGGGGCAGUGGGCUUCAUGGUCACAGCCCCUGGGUCUGGGUGGGGGGCCAGGAGCACAGGGAGAACAGAGACCCAACCGGACAGACCCUUGGCGUGCACUCCCUUCCUCCUGUUUGUCAGGGGAAGUUUUUAAUUAAUGGUGUGUAAUCUGAUCUGGCCCUUCUCCCUGCUGAGCACUGCCUUCAAUCAGCAGAGCCAUCUGCAAUUGCAAUUCAUAAUUCUCCCCAAAGGGAGGGGGGCUCGGGACGAGUGCCUUGGUGAUUAAUACAAUUAGCCUUUUAUGUUGAUGAUUGUCUUAGCAGGAGCAGAUGAUGCCAGCACAAAGCCUUCACCAUUGGUUGGCAGGAAGCCCCUCUCCACUUCCCACCCCCACUGCUACCUCGGGGUGUAAAGAGGACAGGUCUAAUCUGGGACCACACUGUGGAAGGGGGGAGAGCCCACAAACGGGUCAGGCUCUGGGACACAUUUGGGCUCCUCAGACUGAGGGGAGAGAAGCAAGACUUUCCAAAGAAAAUCACUUUGACCUAAAGGAUUCUGUGUACCAAGGUUAAAAGAAAAAAAGACUAUACAAAAGUAGACUAGGGGUUGAAAGGGUUGAAAGAGUUUAAAUACAGGCUUGGGCACUUAUAGCUGUGUGAACUUGAGCAAGUUACUUAAAAUCCUGAGCCUCACUUUCCUCCUCUGGAAAAUGGGGUCUAUUCCUAAGGAGUCUGGAAGAAUAUGCGGGAUGUAUAUAUAUGUUCAGCACCGCUCCUAACAUAUAAUCAGAUCUCAAUCAGCGGUCGCAGUUUUUACCAUCAUCACGGUAGAUUAUCAUUCCCUCUGCUGAUGAGUCCGGCUGUCUCCUCUGCAGUUUCUAAUGCAGUCCAGCUAUUACUAAAGAAGGGAUCACUUUCUCUCCAUACCCCAGGCUUAGUUUAAGCAAAGAAGAGAGUAUGUGAGCAUGAGUGUUUUAGGGGAGCAGGAUCCCAGAGGAGUCAAAAAUAAAAUGCAAGAAAGAGAAAUAAGAGCCUCCUCAGAACAGAGAAGUGGAGCAUUGGAGUGAUCGUGGCUGGAAGCUGGUUUGGAGGAGAGUCAGGGAAUGAGAGAAAGGAGGCUGGGUGGGUAUAAAGGAGUGAAAAGGAAGGUUUUGAGUAUCUGGAAAUUCAUAUGGAAGCUAAGUAAACAAAAGGGGAGCAGCCAUCAGAGAUGAGAGUUUAAGAAGCAGCCCAGAGCAAAAUCUGUGAUCUCUGAUACUGAGGUCAAGUGCUCUGGAACCAGCUGAUUGGGGAUUUUGAUGAGAGACUCUGCUGGGUCAGUCAGGAGAAGGAAUCACCUCAGUCCCUCGGGGCCCCUAGUGCUGUUCCCCAGCACAGUGCAAGAAGAGUGCUCCUUUAUCAAAAGAGAUGUUAACCUGCAGCCAAUGCCAGGCCCAGCAAAGUCAGGGGCAAGACAGGGAGGGGAGGGAGUGGAGACCUUAAGGGCUAAUCAAGAUGAAGCAUCCAGCCAAGCUGUGGCCACUCAGGCAGCUGGGGCAGGGGGUCCGCACAGCCAAGAUCUGUAAUCACUUCUCAGGGAGGGGCAGCUACACUGAGGAGCAGUCACAUAUUUAGAAAAAGAUAUAGAGGGGAGGCAUGGUUCGUGAAGGGGAUUUAUGAGGGUGGGGCAUCCAGUGGCACUAAUAGGCUGCAGCUAAUGGGCAGUAAAGGGAGAAAAGAAAAACUGUUUCAGAGCUCUGAUUUAAGUCAGAUGAAGGGGCAGUUAUUGCCAGAGCUGGGGGUGGAGGAGACCAGAGACAGAGGCAGGAACCAACAACUCCACCCCAAACCCAUGGACCAAUAAAACUAGGCCCAGCCAGGCCAGCAGUUAGGGGUGUCUGGUUACAGAACACCAGGCUGAAGGUACUUCCUUAGCCUGGAAUAUGCUUCCGGGCCCUCUCUAGCUGCUUUGUUCAUCCUGCAGUCCAGCUUGAAUGUCCUCACCUGCUAGGCUCUCUUAAGCCUUCAGCCCCUCCUCCGAGCUCCCACAGUGCUCUGCACCCACCUCCAUCCUGGCACUGAGCACAUUAUUUCCUAGUUAUCUGAACACCUCUCUCUACUGAAUAGGAAGAGCUUCUUAAAUAAAAUUGUAUUUUUAGUCUACUUCUCAUCUCAGAGCAAUGGUUUCCUUAACUUGACUAUCUGUCCUUUUCUUGUCAAUCCAAAAACCAUGGCCUUCCCAUUUCAAGGGAGGAAAACCCUCUGCUAUUUUGUAUUUGGUAAGCAAAUUGGACAAAGGAUUGCAAUACACACUCUUAACUCCCUGCCCAAAGAGAGUAUCUAACACUCUAAUCUCUUUUGUGUUAAGGCACAGCGAGUGUUUUAGUCUUAUAUUGUGAUUUAACUCCACCAAGACAUACUAUUAUUUUGGUCUUGGCCUCACCGAUUCACAAUGGCUUUCUCCUGCUUCCACAACUCAGGGGUCACACACAAUGGCUCUGGGAGUCAUGAGUGGGACAGAUAUUGAUCCUAUCCUACACAUUGCUUGUCUGCUUCUUUGUGCCAAAUGUCCUGGGGACUGAGACUUGCUUUUCCUAUAUUGCAGCUUCCCUCAGACCUGAGGGAAUUCUCUGUUUUAAUCUCUCCACAGCUAAGUAGCAGGUUCCCUGGCCUCCACAUCUGGUCUAGCUAACAGCCUGUCUCCUCUAAAUGGCUAACACUUCCAACCCAAAUAACAUUGAUGAUAAGAUGCACCACUAUUUUAUGAGCCACUAAGAAAGAAAAAUCACAUCAUUAUAUUUGUAUGAUUCCAUUGAUUAUAAGAUACCCCAAUUCUCAGAGAUAGUAAAACAUGUUUCAAGUGCACCUUACGAUCAAGGAAAACAUUUCUCCUUCAAAUCUUGGCUCUUUUAGUCAGACUUUAAAGAAAAGGGGAAUGGAAAGCCAAAGGGAGACCACUCUGGAGGGUCCCAAGUCUUCUCCUUCCUCUAAGGGGGUAGAAACUAUUGCCCUUGCGUGCUCUCAACUCCUCUGCACAUCUGCUGCUAGUCCAGUUUUUAAAUAUCCAGGCCUCUGAACACCUCCUCUCCCUCAGCGCCAGGAGGCUACAAAAGAGAACUCCACUUUUUUCAGGGAGACAAAACAAAAUACAGGCCAAGCCAGGACCACCAUUUUUGAGUAAAUAAUCACCUAGUACUUCAACACCGUUUAUCCAACUACCUCCCACCCUACUGGGUUAUCAGCCCCAGAGACUCCAGGCCAGUUCCAUAAGAUGCCGAGAUUAGUCAUUUCCUCCUAAUCUGGCUAAGACGGCUCUGUUAAGCUGCCAACUGCGGGCAGUUCCCGUUAAAGCAAAGCAGCUGGAAAGGGCUUAGCCCUUUAAUGCCAGCAGCUGUAUCUCCACAGUGCGGCUGCUCUGCUGAGGGGCUGGACUCUGUCCAGAAGCAUCAGGCGUUUAGCCCCAGUCAAUGUAUAUUAACCUAGGAGGAGAGAGCAGCCAGCUCUCUGAGAGGAGGGGAGGUGGCUCAUUUAAGCACCUCCAUCUCCAGGCUUUCCUAUCCAAUGAGGAAGAAAUAUUCCAGCCCCUUCAUUUCCCUCGCUCUACUAAAAUCUGGACAAAUUGUAUCAUCUCACAGGCAGAAAGCUCUUUCUCUAUGACGGGAGCAACUCUAUUUUGAAAACUCACUUAAGGACAGAUCCACUUGUUAGUUCUGACAACAAAAAACCUGUAGGCCACUAACCACGCAGAUUCAUUCUCCUCUGAGCUGAUUUUUUUUUUCUUCUGAGGCCUUAAAUAGUAUUCUGACCCCCAGAUAUGCAAAAGUAUGGACAACAGACUACCUCUUAGAGAGCACUGGGCCCUAGGGUUGAUGAGGGAGAAAGCUGAACAGCCCUUAGAAAACCCUGGCACAGAGCAGGCUGCUGAAGAGAGAUCACUCGAAAACUUCUUACUCAAAGCCAGAUGGUGAACAUGAGAUGGGGUGAGAGCUAAUGCCACUCAAGGGAAAAGCCAAUAAGCUAAUCCACUGACACGUUUCUAGAAGCAGGCUGAUGGCUUUGGUUCAGAGAUUUGCCUGUUCUUGGCUCUGAGCUCCAGAGCACACAAGAUGCACAUGGGUGGCCGGAGAACAGACUCCCACCAGAAGCAACUUCAAGUACCCACAUCAGCUCUUCCUUCUCCCACACAGAAAACAGCCCUGGAUCACCAAGCACAGGUCUAUUCUACCAGACAAUAAUUCCAACCAUUACGACACUUUCCUGUCCCAAAUGCUUUUCAUAGCAGCCUGGGCCCCCAGCUCUUUCCAGGUCAUCUGUUGAGUAAAUAAGCACAUCCACAUUCAGCCCUGAGUUUCUGGAAUCAUUUACGUACCUAAUAAUAUAUUAAAAAGCCCACAAUGCUGAAGAAAUCUGAAAUAGCAAGCACCACAGCUGACCUCCAGAGUGGAGCUGCAAUGCUCAGAUUUGAACCCCAAGGAAACUAUAAUUAGUUUAUGGGAAUCUGAGCCAAAUUACCUCGCUGAAUUUGUCAGUUUGGAUGACAUCACCUAUCCUGCCUACCGCACAUGGGUGUGGGGAGAUGAAGUAAGAUAAAUGAAAAGCACUCUGUAUAUUGUAAAUCACCAUAUUACUUUUCCUAGCGGCUUUGUGGGGAAUCGGUCCCUAAGUCCAUCUUCACUGAUGACCAGAGGAGAUGUGAAGUGGCAAGUCCUUUAUUAGAAGUCUAAAUAUCUAUUUACAUGUGUCUGAACCUAGCACACAGAUGGUGUCCAACUGUGAGAUGUGAGAGUAAUGCUAUAUAAAAACAAUGCAACUAAAUGAAGCCUGGCAAGAAUUAGAGGGAGAAGGUAGACAAAAGGAAAAAUUUCUGCUUCCAACCCUGAGUCCGUGAAAAGUGGCCUCCUUUCCCAUCCCACAUGACUGCAAAGGAGAAGGCUCCCACACACUGCAAGGUUAUUCCUGGUGAUGUCAAGCUGUCUGCCGCCUGACUUCAUGAAUAGAAACCAUCAACAAAUACAGACUCUAAGAACCAGAGUCUAAUAAAUUACAAGUUAAGGACCUCCUGACCUGGGGCCUUCACUUAUUUACAAAAUAUGCCAGCUCCAGGGAGCAGAUUUUUUUAAACUAUUAAAUUCUUAGGUUAAGUGGCCAUUCUCCAAACCCUGUUUAUACUAAAAGCACAAUGACUAACAUGCCCCAAUCCUGCAUGCUUAGAAAGCUUUUCACACUAGUGGCUACAACUUGAGUCAUGACCAAGACUAUCAUCAAAGCGCCUUGACCAAGAACCUACUAUGUGAGCUGUGCCAACCUAAACACUGAACUCUGUGCCACCCCUGCUUCUCAGAUCUGGACUGCAGAACAGCUCUCUCUGUUCACGUUGAGAGUCUAAGAAAAGGUGAUGCUUGAUUAAGCAAAACACUCGGUGUAUCAGGCACAGCAGUGGGUCUCCCAAAUGCUUUUCCAAUAGGAACUCAUAUGCCAUAUGUAUAUGGACAUGUAUGUGUUUGUCUAUCAGUCUGAAGCUUGAGGUAAGGAGGCCCUACUGGAACAAAAAAACAGCAAGCCUGGUAUCUUUGUUCCUUCUACUCACUCAGCAUUACUUGUCACUUUAUGCUACCCAAUAAUUUAAGCAUGAAUAUAAGCAUUCGAGACCCCUUUCAAUGCCACAGGUUCAGUUCAUAGCCAAAAAAUGACUAUUUUUGCCACAGUCAAUCAAUUGAGCACCCUAUAGUCCUCUGAUCAAAACUCAGGUGACUUCUUACCUUCUAUUUCUGCAAGCAAUGAAUUCACCUUUUUAAGAAAUCAUUAAAUACCCUGUAAUAAAUGCAAAGUGUUGCUGCUGAAUCAAACCAUGUAAUGCUUGCCCAGUUAAAUAAACAUCAAACUUGUCUUACAUAGACUGAGAAGGGAUUUAAAGAUUCUGGUUAUUAGCAAGUGGGGCAGUAAAGUUAAACUGCAUUUAAGAAGGAGUAAGAGGCAGCAUCAGAAAAGGUUAGGAGCAGGAGACAGGGGUGACAGUCACUCCAGAACACUGUCCCUUUUCCAUAGAUCCAACACAAGGAAGUAUAAUUUAAGAAAGCCCUCAAAAGACAGGCUGUUCCACAUGAAGUGCUGUUAAAGAAGUUGGAGGUGAGUACAUAUUUCCCUUUGCUAAGAUCAGAAUUAUUUUCAUGGCUAAGGUCUCUUGGCCUAGCCCAAAACUGAGAGACUGGCUGCCAACACUUGACACAUAGGACCAUUUCCUUUUUCGUUAAUGGGCCAUCAGUUCCUGCAUAGGGAAGUCUUGCCUUCACUAACAUUAUACAAUCCAUUUACUUCUUCUACAUUAGUGACUUAAAAUGCACCUUGGGGAGAUACUACAGAACAGCAAAUAUGGAGCCAGGCCAACAGUAGGCUUGCAGAGACAUAAGAAAAGAGAUGGCAUCUAGGACAAAAGUUUAAAAAACCCAAACCUAACAGGCAUGUGUGUGUAAAAGAGGGGAAGGGGAGAUGGGACCCAUCCUCUGUCAAUUUGCUAAGGCAGAUGGGCCCUGCUGUGAGAACUGCCACCUUUUUUCCCUACUGGGAAAAAAGCCAGUAGGUUGCCUCCUCUCUCCACAGUUACAUAUUAAGCCUGCAACUGUUUACGUUCAAUCUCAGAUACAUUCUGUUCACCAGCUUCAGAGUUCCAAGUGCAGGUGCCCUCAGUUAAUCAUCCCGGCUCACUCCAGAGUCACUUCCAGCAGUGAAGGAUGUUCCUUCUGGGCAGUCAGCCAGCCAGAGUCAUUUUUUUUUUUUUAAAUCUGCACCAUUCUGGUCCCUAAAGACUUGUUUAAAAGUUUGUUUUUUGUUUAAAGUAGUUUCUUCAAAUGAGAGGAUAACAAUCAUAGGGACAAAUCUACCAUUUCAAUUUGGCAAUGAAAGAGACUGAAUAAGAAACAAA